AUGCCGAACGAGACGGCCAUCAAUCGGUUGCUCUAUGCAAUCCUGAGCCAAAAGUGCCUGAAAGAUGUAGGUUUUAACUUUCGACUUUCCAUUUCUAUGUAUAAUGUGAUCUCUUACCCAGUAGUUCCCGCAGAAUCUUGAGUCUUGACUAACUUGUUGUGAAGAUCGACUGGAAUAAAGUUGCCAAUGAUCCUGUUCUCAAAAAAGAAAUCACCAAUGGUCAUGCUGCCCGAAUGCGAUACUCACGCUUCAAAAAGCAAAUGGAGGGUACAUCAGGUGUCUCUCGAAAACCCCGCAAUCCAAACUCGCCACGGAAGAAUAAACCCAAGAAAAAUGCAAAGACCGAGAAGAAUACGACAAUACCCGAAUAUUUUGACGAAGAACAUGCCAGACCUAAGCUGUACGAGAAUGAGGAAUAUGCGGCAGAUGGGGAGAUGGGUAUGGCAGGUCCUAGGAUGAUCAAGCGGGAACGGGAAACCAAAUUCAUGCUUGGAGCACCAUUUACGCCACAAUCUCAGAAUUCAACACCAAGUCCUGGUACGAGCCAACACGAUUUCGGGUUCGUGGGAAGCGAUUUGGGUGAUAUGGACCCCAUGGAUAACAUGGCGACUAGUUUUGGGUAUGUGGGUGAUGAAUUAUACCCAACUAUGAUGGGACAGAAGAACUAUGGCAACGGUAUGGGUGUUCAGAUGAAUGAACCCAGUGGUUAUUAUGGGGAGAUGUGGCAGCAGCAGGAAAUAAAUGAUCCAGAAAUCAGAAGUGAGAGAAGAAUGGUAGACGAGGAUGGAGUUCCUGUGAAAACAGAGCAAAGAUGGGAUGUAGCAUACAGACAUUCAUAAGCCCAUGAGCAUCUAGGCAUGAGAAGGUUAUGGAACGCCAAGCACGCUUGUGGAGUUUUCUGACCAGAUAGGGGAAAUUGCAGCACUAAUGAUGGGAUUUCUUUGGAGCAGUAUGCUCUUGUGGGGGUUUGUUAAUUGAGAAACAAGGGAUAAUAUGUGUGGUUGUUGUGAUUCGGAAUUCGUGAGAUUAUUUUGAUAAAAAGAGAUUGUGGCAUAGUAUUUCUGUCUAUUAAAGGCUCUGAGGAACCUGCACUUCAAAAUGUUUUAUCGCUUUGAGUACACAGCCAGUUAUAAAUACUGUG